CACCCUGUCACCAUUGACAUUUAGUAUUAAUAAAUUUCAUUGUUUUGAAUGUUGUUUUAGCGAACGGUUUAGUGCAGUUUUGUGGCGUCCAUUCUUUGUCUUUUUAUUACUAGGAGUACAAUUUAUGUGAAAAAAAUACUGUAAAUUUAGUAUCCUACAUUCAGACAGCAGUAUUUUGCGAUGGCAGACAUUUCUCAAGAGCAGGAACAGCAGGUUAAGAAACUGAAGAGGCUUCUAGAAGGAUGGCGCAUGGCUUUAUUGCCGCUGAAAUCAAUCAUCCUCUGGGAACAGCAAUGGCACCCUUGUGCAAUUGUUGGUUUUAUCUCGUUCUUCUAUCUCCUUAUUUGGCUCCUAGAUCUGAAUACUCUUACCACAUUUGCACUUUUGGGCCUCUUACUAAACUUUGUCGACUUCAUUAUCCCAGUGAUAACCAACUCACUAUAUGGUCCAAGUGCUUGGACAGGUCAGAAAGAGAAGACUUUUGAAGAAAUUUGCAGGAGUAUUGUCCUCAGCUACAAUAAAACAUUGAAGCAAAUUUCUAGUUUUUAUUCGCUACGAGAAACCGGCCCAUGCAUGUACUACAUAAUCUCCAUCAGCAUGCUGUGCACCCUGGCCUGGGUCACCUCUGCUAUUAACAACAUUUUCCUAUUGUAUGUUUUGUCUGUGGUUGUGCUGCUAUGGCCUGGUAUCCAAAACAGAGGAAUCUUCAAUACAUUGCUCUCGAUGGUCAAUUUGGCACCAAAAGUGGCUAAAUUAGAAUAAGACCUCAUGAAUUUAUUUUAGCUUUUAUGAAUUGUGAUGCGUCUGGUCAUUAAGGUUUUAAGUUUAAGCUUAGCUUAUCAAAUUUAACUGUAUGAUGUACGAGCUUUAAAUUUAUGUGUUAUUAUUGGUUUAAUUAUAAAGGUAGCUGAAAUGUUUGUUUUAA